AUGGGCUGUUCUGCGUCAUUUCCGAAUCAUACCACUCCUUGGAAAAAACCAACUUGCGCCCCAGGGGAUUUUCAAAUUGCUUCAGUUUCUUUAUCGCAUAACACGAAGAACACUUUACGAGAAUCAUGGAAACUCGUGGAACCAGUUAAAACCGAGACAGGAAAAGCUAUGUUUAUGAGGUAAGAUAAGCAAGUGAUCUCGACUCGGCGGCAGUUUCUCCCAGCGUUUAUGUAACUGAGCUUAGCAUGUUCUAAAAAGUCUUCUGUGCUGAAUUUCACUUUGUUAAUAUAAUUAAUUAUGCUGUUCAAGGAUGAAGUGGAAACAGUUUAAGUCUAUAAUGCAGAAAUCCAUAGUGCCCACCUUUCAAAGUGAAAGCCGUUACUAAGCAGUUUAAUUUUCCUGUGGUAUAUGUUUAUAUCUAUAGCACAGGUGUAUUUUCAGCUUUAAACCCGAUGGUGAAUAUAGUUUUUAACGUUAAGGCUUUUUUAGUUCACCAUGCUAUAGCAUAUGAUAUAGCCAAUUCAUAGAUGACGCUGGUAUAGUGUUGAUUCUUUCUCGUUGUAAAAAAUUUACUCGAAUAAAAUGAAUGAAAGUAAACCCUCAAAUCGGUUCCAUGUUUCAUUCAGGUGCCAGUAUAUUUAAAGCCGUCUGUAUUUAGUUAACACUGACGUCAGAUCACACAACAAAAUAUUUAUUUUUCGGCUCAGUCCUUCUUUAUAUUGUCAACUUUUUCCCGCUGACUUUCCAACAUAUAAUUUCUCAUAAUUUGGGUACUCUUCAACUGAUACUAGUGUUGCAAUUAGAAUCUUAACUUAAGGUUUUGUGCACCUGGAAAAGUUCAAAUGAAUCAUUUUAAGCAGGUGUCUUCAUUGACUUGUUGUAAUAUUUUACGCUAGAACGAAUAAUCAAAAGUGCAUCCAUAGGCUUAGUGAAGAAGUCCCAUUGAAUGUUACGGGAGAAAAACGUCGAAAAACCUGACGUAAUGCCUUCCUGAACGAGUAUUCUACAAGAAAAUCAAAGUAUUUUUCGACUGGUUUUGCUCGAGAGUGUUAAUACGGUUUGACCGAUAGAAAGAAAAAACAUGAAAAUGCGUAAGUCACUGAAACCUAGGAAAUAACAGUUGUUAACCAAUAUAGAUCGUUUGAUUAAACAUGGUGUGUGACUUAAGAAAAGGAAAAUAAAUGCAUGAAUAGUAAAAACAAAGUAAGGAUGUUUUGGGUUUAAUUGCAAUAUACAUAUUAAUCGACAUUUGUUAACCCUUUUCAUUACUAUUUAUGAUCGAGGAUCCACAUACGGGACAUUGAGAAAACCGAGGUGACAGUACUGACGCGUAUUUCACAUUAAAGAGAGUUCCACUUUUAAAUAGCGUUAACUAUGUGUAAAUUCAGACCAGAAUUCGUAGAAACUAAAAAAUUGAAUUGUUUUAAAAUAGCAAAAAGAAGUCGCUAUCGUAUGAUAUCACAGCCGAAAAGACUUUGGAUUGUCACAACAUACACCACUUGGUCCAAACCGUAUCAAAAGAAAGUACUGCUCAGUAGCUUUCCUUUGAAUGGUCACACCAUAGGAUUUCAUCCACAGACUCAACAGUUGGAACCACCUUGUACAGCAUAAUAAACAGUACCACAGGAAAGUACUGCUCAGUAGCUUUCAUUUGAAUGGUCACACCAUAGGAUUUCAUCCGCCUUGCGUACAGCAUGAUAAACAGUACCACAGGAAAGUACUUCUCAGUACCUUUUAUUUGAAUGCAAUGAUUACAUUUUACACCAAUCUAAAUCUAAGGAUGAAAUGUUUAACACAAUCUUCUUAUGUUCUUUAGACUUUUUAAGACUCAUCCAAACAUCCAAGACACAUUUCCUUCAUUUAAAGGCGUCAGUCUUGACGAACUUAUGAAUUCCCGCUCGCUCUAUCUUCAUGCCAACCGAGUCAUGGCUGUGGUAGAAAACGCCAUCUCCGCUUUAGAUGAUGCUGACGAGGUUGUAGAGUCUCUUACAAAUUUGGGUAAAAAACAUCAACCGUGGUCACUCACACAGGAACACUUCAGGGUAAAUCACUUUUUUGCCGUUAUAAUACCAUUCAUUUUUGCUAUUGCCCAUUGGAAAACAUUUAAUUCUUUUGUAAACAUGUAAGCCAUAGAAGAAAUUUGCUCUUAUUUAAUUAAAUUAUUUCCUUGAUCCUCGCGCCUCUUUCGAUGCAAUUUGAUAAUAACUGGACCAUUUUUGGCCGUAGUAGACUUUCAGGCUAUUUAUAGAUACAUCUAUUGUGCCGAAAAAACCCAGCCAAUCAGGAAAAGAGCAUUAUUUCCAGAAAAUUGGUGGAUGGCAAAGUAUAGAAAAGUUACUUAAACCCAUAUAUUGGAUAGUAGCUCAGCGUCCACCCAAGUUAAGAGUCAUCAAAAUCAAGCAAAGAACAGAUUCUAUUUAUGACAAACAAGGUAAAUGUUAGUGAGAAAAGAGCAAUCUAGUUGUGUCACACUUCUUCAGUGACUUAGUUUCAAAGGCGCGCAAUCUCGUAAUAGCUGUUGAAGGAAGCGAUACUGUUUCCAAAACAAUCUCAGUGUGUACUUUGACACAAGACAGAACUUCCAGGGUGAUGAGAUCUUGCUUGAAAAGUAACUUAAAUAUUUUCGUUCUUCGAAAUCGUCAGGUUCUGGGUGAUGCACUUUUGUGGGCGCUACAGGAAAUGCUAAACACGGAGUGCACGAACCAAGUCAUAGAAGCCUGGAAAGAGUUGUUUAAGUUCAUCACCAGACCAAUGCUGAAUGGUGUAGAAGGGGACGUUUUCUAG